UCUUCAGUCCAGCUCUUAGUCUACCACUGACACAGCUGCGAAACGUGAGAGCACGAACACAUCGAGAAGUGUUAAGAGAAAGACGUCUGAUACAGACAAUUCUUUGACAACAGCAUUUUUCAGAGUCAGAUUAUAUAGAUUAUCCAUUUUAUAUAUAAAAUGGACUCUAAGGACGACCACAGAGAAACAUCUUGGCAAGGUCUUCAUCAAGAGGUCGAAGACACAGAGUCGAGCCAGAAAAGGCCGAUACAUGUGCCUGAAAUCCCUCCCAACAGGGUAAAAGAAAUUACCUCAGAGAUAGAGAAGCGGUUAAAAAGCAGCGGUGACGAAACUGUUAGCGAUCCAAAGACAGCCACUCAGUUGAGAGCUAACACCAGGCAGAUGUCUCAAACUGACGCCGAGAUCGAGAACGAGCUUCUUAGAGCUGAGCUCCAGGUGGAGAAUGAGCUUCUUAGAGCUGAGCUCCAGGUGGCGAAGCUGAAGAACAAACUUCUCCAAGAAAAACUGGACACAAUCCAUGUGCCACACCAUGAUAUCAGCGGAUGGUAUGAAACUGAAAUCAUGACGGUGAAACAACACGCUGAAACUCUCAAGCAGGAGCUCGACGAGGAAGCCAAGGCUCACAAAAACUCAUUGCUGAAAUGCGUGGGGCUGCUUGACAGCGUUAAUGCUGAGUGGACUUGCCUCCGUCACAAGAUGACCGAAAAGGAAGAAUAUUAUAAGAGACAGCUGGAGGAGCUUGAAAAACAGCUUAAUAUUCAGAUCUCUUUCAACGUUGAGCUCUCCGCAGAGCUCGAGGUCUUGAGAGAAUCUAAAGUCCCGAAGCAGAAGCCAUGUGAGCAGGAGUCCGUCACCACUGCACCGCACCCUGAACUCUCGGACGAGACUCAAGUCUCUGAGGUGAAGCUGUGUGACCAGCAGGAGUCCGUCGCCACCGCACCGUACCCUGAACUCUCGGACGAGACUCAAGUCUCUGAGGUGAAGCUGUGUGACCAACAGGAGUCCAUCGCCACCGCACCGUACCCUGAACUCUCGGACGAGACUCAAGUCUCUGAGGUGAAGCUGUGUGACCAGCAGGAGUCCGUCGCCACCGCACCGCACCCUGAACUCUCGGACGAGACUCAAGUCUCUGAGGUGAAGCUGUGUGACCAGGAGGAGUCCGUCGCCACCGCACCGCACCCUGAACUCUCGGACGAGACUCAAGUCUCUGAGGUGAAGCUGUGUGACCAGCAGGAGUCCGUCGCCACUGCACCGUACCCUGAACUCUCGGACGAGACUCAAGUCCUUGAGGUGAAGCUGUGUGACCAGCAGGAGUCCGUCGCCACUGCACCGCACCCUGAACUCUCGGACGAGACUCAAGUCUCUGAGGUGAAGCUGUGUGACCAGCAGGAGUCCGUCACCACUGCACCAUACCCUAAACUCUCGGACGAGACUCAAGUCUCUGAGGUGAAGCUGUGGGACCAGCAGGAGUCCGUCGCCACUGCACCAUACCCUAAACUCUCGGACGAGACUCAAGUCUCUGAGGUGAAGCUGUGUGACCAGCAGGAGUCCGUCGCCACCGCACCAUACCCUAAACUCUCGGACGAGACUCAAGUCUCUGAGGUGAAGCUGUGUGACCAGCAGGAGUCCAUCGCCACCGCACCAUACCCUGAACUCUCGGACGAGACUCAAGUCCUUGAGGUGAAGCUGUGUGACCAGCAGGAGUCCGUCGCCACUGCACCGCACCCUGAACUCUCGGACGAGACUCAAGUCUCUGAGGUGAAGCUGUGUGACCAAGAGGCGUCCACCUCCAUUGCACUGGCCCUUGAAGAUUUUGAUUUGUCUCUGGACUUUGAGGACGACGACCUGUGUGAUGAGUGGGGGCUCCCCUUAAUAUCACCAGCUCUUCAACAGCUUGACGCGCCUCUAGACUUUGAUGAGGAGGAGCGGUGUGACCAGCGGCUGUACAACUUUACUGCAGCAUUCUAUAAACUGACUGACUGGUCUCCAGACUUUGAGGAGGAGCUGUGUGACCAGCAGGAGUCCAUCGCCACCGCACCGUACCCUAAACUCUCGGACGAGACUCAAGUCUCUGAGGUGAAGCUGUGUGACCAGCAGGAGUCCGUCGCCACCGCACCGUACCCUGAACUCUCGGACGAGACUCAAGUCUCUGAGGUGAAGCUGUGUGACCAGCAGGAGUCCGUCACCACCGCACCGUACCCUGAACUCUCAGACGAGACUCAAGUCUCUGAGGUGAAGCUGUGUGACCAGCAGGAGUCCAUCACCACUGCACCAUACCCUAAACUCUCAGACGAGACUCAAGUCUCUGAGGUGAAGCUGUGUGACCAGCAGGAGUCCAUCACCACCGCACCGUACCCUAAACUCUCGGACGAGACACAAGUCUCUGAGGCGAAGCUGUGGGACCAAGAGGCGUCCACCUCCACUGCACCGGCCCUUAGAAAGUUUAAUGUGACUCCAGACUUUGAGCUGUGGGACCAGCAGGCGUCCACCUCCACUGCGCCGGCCCUUAGAAAGUUUAAUGUGACUCCAGACUCUGAGGCGAAGCUGUGGGACCAAGAGGCGUCCACAUCCACUGCACCGGCCCUUAGAAAGUUUAAUGUGACUCCAGACUUUGAGCUGUGGGACCAGCAGGCGUCCACCUCCACUGCGCCGGCCCUUAGAAAGUUUAAUGUGACUCCAGACUCUGAGGCGAAGCUGUGGGACCAAGAGGCGUCCACAUCCACUGCACCGGCCCUUAGAAAGUUUAAUGUGACUCCAGACUUUGAGCUGUGGGACCAGCAGGCGUCCACAUCCACUGCGCCGGCCCUUAGAAAGUUUAAUGUGACUCCAGACUUUGAGGCGAAGCUGUGGGACCAGCAGGCGUCCACAUCCACUGCGCCGGCCCUUAGAAAGUUUAAUGUGACUCCAGACUUUGAGCUGUGGGACCAGCAGGCGUCUACAUCCACUGCACCGGCCCUUAGAAAGUUUAAUGUGACUCCAGACUUUGAGCUGUGGGACCAGCAGGCGUCUACAUCCACUGCACCGGCCCUUAGAAAGUUUAAUGUGACUCCAGACUCUGAGGCGAAGCUGUGGGACCAAGAGGCGUCCACAUCCACUGCACCGGCCCUUAGAAAGUUUAAUGUGACUCCAGACUUUGAGCUGUGGGACCAGCAGGCGUCCACAUCCACUGCGCCGGCCCUUAGAAAGUUUAAUGUGACUCCAGACUUUGAGGCGAAGCUGUGGGACCAGCAGGCGUCCACAUCCACUGCGCCGGCCCUUAGAAAGUUUAAUGUGACUCCAGACUUUGAGCUGUGGGACCAGCAGGCGUCCACCUCCACUGCACCGGCCCUUAGAAAGUUUAAUGUGACUCCAGACUCCGAGGCGAAGCUGUGGGACCAGCAGGCGUCCACCUCCACUGCACCGGCCAUUGAAGAUUUUGACUUGUCACUAGACUUUGAGGAUGACGACCUGUGUGAUGACUGGGCGCUCCCCUUAAUACCACCGGAUCUUCAACAGCUUGACUCUUGGAAGAAUCUCCCAGUCACAACAAAAAAAUCUUUCUGGAAGAGAAUAUCUGACUUUUUCCAACGGUUGAUGUCUAAGAAAUAAGAUGCAAGCUGUCACCUUUGCUCAUCGAAACAUGAGCUUGAGUUGAUCAAACUGCAGACUUCUCUACUGUGGACAGCCAGUAGAUACCACAUGUCACCUGUGGUCGGGCAUGAGGGGGGCAGUACAUCACCGUUACCUCCCACAGCAGCACACAUAUAACUUGCAGACAUUGUAGGGGGAGCUAAUCAGAAAUGUUCCCCACACUGUGUCAGUAGCUCUGAGCUGUAUGUGUGCCGUCUGUGUGGGGUCAACAUGUCCUCCCCAGGCCUCUGUGGGUUUCCUCCGGGCGCUCCGGUUCCCCCACAAUUUUCAAAACAUUUGUUUACAUUUGGAUUUGAAUUUAAAAAAAAAAAAACAGAGAGAGACAAUUGGAAUGUGAUGGCUUCAACAACUCAAGCUGUAAAAUUUGUCAUCAACCAUCAAACUGCAGACUUCUCUUCUGUGGACAGCCAGUAGAUACCACAUGUCACCUGUGGUCGGGCAUGAGGGGGGCAGUACAUCACCGUUACCUCCCACAGCAGCACACAUAUAACUUGCAGACAUUGUAGGGGGAGCUAAUCAGAAAUGUUCCCCACACUGUGUCAGUAGCUCUGAGCUGUAUGUGUGCCGUCUGUGUGGGGUCAACAUGUCCUCCCCAGGCCUCUGUGGGUUUCCUCCGGGCGCUCCGGUUCCCCCACAAUUUUCAAAACAUUUGUUUACAUUUGGAUUUGAUUU